CAAGUAUUUUGACAUAUACUAUUUUGACAUUAGUAGUGGUCACUUGCACUAGUCGAUAAGGCAGAAUACAGACAUAGUGCACUUAGCUUCAAAAUGAAUUAUAUUUCCAGUAUAUUGUCAAGAUAUUCAUACAGGAUCAAAUCAAUAGAAAUAUUCCAAUAAAUAUAAAAGGGAAAGAAAUGGCUGAAUCAAUCUCCAAUCAAACUAAUGACAGCUAUUUUUAUGGCUGGAAUUUAUUUUAUAAUAGCAUAGUCGGUAAAGUUAACAAAAAAGGAGAUGUACUUAUAGCACUGGCUCAUUUUUUAUUAACAAAAAACUUUGAUUUCCGAUGUCUUGGCAAUGGAGAUAAAAUGUCGUUUUCUAAUGAAGAAGUUGGUUCUGAAACAUUACCGAAUGAUUGGAAUCAAGAUGAGACUAAAUAUGCUUUGAGAUAUUUAGUACAUAAUAAGUUAUAUGUACUAUUGGGUGUCAUAUCUGAGGAGAGUCUAAUAAUAAAUUUAGUUGUUGCUCAGUCGAAAGUGGUUUCUAAUAUAAUGUUAGAACCAAACACAGUAGUAAAUGAUAUUAAAUUAAUCAAUAUAAAUGAAUUAAUUCCAACGGCAACUUUUAUAUGCAAUCGCUAUGAGAAGGAAUUAAUUGAUCCAGUAUUCAAACCUCCUAAUAAGAAUACUACAUCUCAACAAACAAAUGAAACACCAACCAGUACAAAUAAUAGUCAACCUAACAAUUCUCAAAUCAAUACUACUGAUAGAAGAAGUAUUCAACCAGUUCAUAAUCCCCCAAUUUUAAGAAAUGUCGGUUCGCGUUACCCAUUUAAUCCGCUAGGGGUUGGACGGGGAGAUUUGGAUCCGCUUGCACGUGGGGGUCCUGGUAGUAUUAUGCCAUUGCCUUUCCGUCCAGUACAAGGUCCACGUUUCGAUCCAGUUAACCCUGUUGUUCCAGAUGUAAGGCCAUUUCCUCCUAAUCCCAACACAAAUCCUAACCAAAAUCCAAAUCCUGACUUAUUUGUACCGCCUGGUUCGAAUAACAAUCCAAAUCCCGACUUAUUUCCACCUCCUGGUUCGAAUAACAAUAGACGUCCAGAUAAUUUUCCACCACCUGAUUAUUAUAUGUGAUUUUUGUAUAAAAAUGCUGUAAAUAGAUUUUUUAAAUAAAAUAUUAGAUUAAUAAAUAUUAU